AUUGCCUACUUCGUGUCUCUUUCUGAUGACGUACUUCACAGUCCAGAAGUGAGUUGACAGGUCUAAAAACGCAUUGCCAGAAUGCAAAUAACAAAUAACCACGUUGUUAUGUAUUUGUAGGCAUUAGUAUUGCAGUGGGACGUGAUCUGCAGGCAAGAACUUUGAACUGGACGUCUUUCAAAGAUUUUAUGCCUUGGUUUCAUGAUAAAAAUGUCGUUUCUUAUGGAUUCAGUUAUCAUGUUCACCUCACAGGUGCUGUUCUUUGGCUUUGGAUGGCUGUUCUUUAUGCGGCAGCUCUUCAAAGACUAUGAGGUCCGGCAGUAUGUUGUCCAGGUAGUGUUCUCCAUCACCUUUGCUUUUUCCUGCACCAUGUUUGAGCUCAUCAUCUUUGAGAUACUAGGCGCAUUAGAAACUAGUUCCAGGUAUUUUCACUGGAAGUUUAACCUGUAUGUGAUUCUGCUGGUUCUAAUCUUCGUGGUGCCUUUCUAUAUUGGGUACUAUACUGUCAGCAACAUCCGCCUGCUGCAGAGACAGAAGCUGCUCUUUGCCUGUGUUGUCUGGUUUACCUUCAUGUAUUUCUUCUGGAAGUUGGGGGACCCUUUCCCUAUCCUCAGUCCCAAACAUGGUAUCCUGUCCAUCGAGCAGCUGAUCAGUCGUGUUGGGGUGAUUGGGGUGACUCUGAUGGCUCUACUGUCGGGCUUUGGUGCUGUCAACUGUCCUUACACCUACAUGUCCUACUUCCUAAGGAAUGUGACAGAUAGUGACAUUCUUGCUUUGGAGAGGAGACUUCUUCAGACGAUGGACAUGAUCGUCAGCAAGAAGAAACGUAUCGCCAUGACGCGGAGGCAGAUGUACCAGCGUGGGGAGGACCAGAACAAACAAACAGGAUUCUGGGGGAUGAUCAAGAGUGUCACCUCGUCACCAACAGGCAGCGAGAACUUGUCUCUGAUCCAGCAGGAAGUGGACGCUCUGGAGGAGCUGAGUCGCCAGCUCUUCCUGGAGACAGUUGAACUGCAGGCCACAAAGGAGCGGAUUGAAUACUCUAAGACAUUCCAGGGGAAAUACUUCAACUUCCUGGGUUAUUUCUUCUCCAUUUACUGUGUGUGGAAAAUCUUCAUGGCCACCAUUAACAUUGUGUUUGACCGUGUGGGGAAGACCGAUCCAGUGACAAGAGGAAUUGAGAUCACUGUUAACUAUCUAGGCAUCCAGUUUGAUGUGAAGUUCUGGUCUCAGCACAUCUCCUUCAUCCUGGUGGGCAUUAUCAUUGUCACCUCAAUCAGAGGCCUGCUGAUCACACUCACCAAGUUCUUCUAUGCCAUCUCCAGCAGCAAGUCCUCCAAUGUUAUAGUGCUGAUCCUGGCUCAGAUCAUGGGGAUGUAUUUUGUCUCUUCAGUUCUUCUCAUGAGGAUGAGUAUGCCCUUGGAGUAUCGCUCUAUUGUCACAGAGGUGCUGGGUGAGCUACAGUUUAACUUCUACCACCGAUGGUUCGAUGUCAUCUUCCUUGUCAGCGCCCUCUCCAGCAUCCUCUUCCUCUAUCUCGCCCACAAACAGGCACCCGAGAAGCACAUGACCCCUUGAGCUCCACUAAACCUUGACCGUUAUGUGACUUUUUCCGGUAUUUACCUCAGUGGGCCUCCUGAAAUGAACUUUAAAGUGUAUGUCAGAUUUUGAUGGUCCGUUUUUGUUUCUGAGAAGAGCUUUGUCCUGUACUUCCUGAAUCAGGAAUUGGUCAUGUGUAGUAGCCUUCUUGACUGCUGGUGUCGCGUUUGGGGGGGGGGGGGUGCUGUGAAUCAAUGAAUGUUUUGAACACUUAAUUUUUUUACUUCAGUACUUGCAAUCAGGACUUCAUUGUCCUUUGUAGAAAUUAAAAUGAUUUAUUUAAAAAUACAA